GCUAAGCCAGCGCCAGAGCCAGAGCCAGAGCAACAACCAGAGUCAGAGCCAAAACCAAGAGCCAGAGCCACAGAAGCAGAGCAUCCAAACAGACGGAGCCACAGUGAGAGCCGAAGCCGGAUCCGGAGCCAGAGCCGAGCUCAGUCGCAAAUAUUCAGCAUCUUCUGGUUCUAAGAAACAUAAUUUUUUGGUUUUUUUUUUUUUGAAGAUCAAUUGCAAGAUUGUUUUUUGUGUUUUUGUGAGUGCAACUAAUUAAGAGUAUUGUUUUAUGAACAUUAACUGAAAACCAAGGCAAGCAAACAAACGGAAAAGCAAUCCGUUGCCGAAAAGAAAAUUGCACAGGAAAUCCACACCCCCAAAAGCAGGUAAACACGAAAAUUGGCGAGGAAAAUUAUCAUCGAGUCACGUAAUUAAAACGAAACGUAAGACGAGCAGAAAGAAGAAACAGCAGGCGAGUAGCAACAGGCAAAUAUUUGCAUACCACUGGAAGACCGAGAGAGAGAGAGAGAGAGAGAGAGAGAAGGAGAGAGUGUGCGAAGGAAAACGCUAACGGGGCUAAUAAUAAACUAAGGCCCAACUACCGCGUUAGCGUGGCCAUAACCAUUGCCCGUUACGGCUACAAAUACAUUUACACUUACUGCUGAUAAUAAAACGUCGCGUCGUGUCGCACCGCAUCGCAAGCAGCACCAAGCAGAGGAAAGCAGGCUGCGAAGCAGAGUGAUAGCAGAGACAAGCAGGGCAAAGCAGAGCCAAGCAUAGGGCAGAGGAGCGACAGCGGCAGCGGCAGCGGCAACGGCAACGGCAACAAAGUUCCUGCUGUUUAUGCAAACGCCGACAGCCAGCAUAAAGGCACACUAAACAGAAAGAGAACCGAGUGUGAGAGAGCCGUCGACGUCGCCGUCGUCGUUGAGACGUUGAUUUACGGCCUGCCUGGGGAACCAGCAGCAGAGCAGCAGAGCAACAGAGACGGACUCCGCAACAGUCAAAGCGACAGCCAGAGCCACAGCGACAGCGACAGCGGCAGAGACAGAGACAGCAGCAGGAUGCGUGGCCGUCACUUGCGUCGACGCUUCAGCCUGCAGCCGUCCUUCAUGAAGGAUGACAACAACGAGGAUAAGCCGAAGCGUGACAAAGUGGGCAGGACCAAUGUGGUGGACGAUGCCAUCGGACCGGCCAAUGCCCGCCACAAGAUCGUCGUCAUGGGCUCCGCCAAGGUGGGCAAAACGUCGAUAAUCACACAGUUUCUAUACAACACAUUCAGCCCAAAGUACAAGCGGACCAUCGAGGAGAUGCACCAGGGCAACUUCUCCAUCGCCGGCGUCAGCCUCACCCUGGACAUCCUCGACACGGCCGGCUCCUACGAGUUCCCGGCGAUGCGCGCUCUAUCGAUAUCCUCGGCGGACGCCUUCAUCCUGGUGUACGACGUUACCGACAGCAGCACCUUCGAGGAGGUCCGCGCCAUACGCGACCAGAUCCACGAGACGAAGGCCACCACAGCGGUGCCCAUUGUGGUUGUGGGCAACAAAAUUGAUUUGCUUGCCGACGGCCAGACAGAGCGUGAGGUGGAGUACGCCACCACAGAGUCGGUGGUGACAGUCGAUUGGGAGAACGGAUUCGUCGAAGCCUCGGCCGCCAGCAACGAAAACGUCACACAGGUGUUCAAGGAGCUGCUGACCCAGGCCAAGAUCACCUACAACCUGAGUCCGGCUCUACGGCGUCGCCGCCAGUCGCUGCCCCAGCAGAUCGGUAACAACGGGCCGGGCACCCCGCUCCACCAUCAUGGCCAUGGCCAUCAUGGCCACCACCACCACGGCGGGGCCGCUGGGGGAUCAGCCUCCGGAUCGGCCUCCACAUCGGCGGCAGCGGCGGCCGGAGCUGCCGGUGGCGGCCAUGGCUCGCAUGCUCCGACGCCGGCACAGCUGCAACACCUGCAGCGCAUCCAAGAGCGGAGCAUGGGCGCCAAGCGCAACUCGUGCACCAUCUCCUAAGAAUUUACGAGUACGGGUAGUUUCGAACGAAGGCGAAGUCCAACAAAGAAUACAAUUAUAUACCAACUGAAGCUAAACUAAACGGUCUCCUACAAACGGUUUUCAAUAUUUCUCCAAUAAUACACUCAGAAUCAGACUCAGAAUCAGAAUCGGAAUCAGACUCAGAUGAUGAUUGAUCUUAACAAUACAAUACAAAUACAAAUACAAAUACAAAUACAAAUACAAUACAUUACAAUACGAGGGUAAAUGAAGCCUCUCGCCUCAAACGUACCUUGCUAUCUAUGUAUCUAUGUAUCUCUCUUGCUCUCCUCCGCUAUUAUCGCUCCAAUUACCAAUUACGUAGUACCUAUCCCAGUACCAGCCAUGGUUUUUUAUUGGCAUCUCUUCUGCCUCUGGUUUCCCACUCUCAGCGCGAAAUAUAGUACUUACAUACAUACAAACAUACAUAUAGUAUACUCGUAAUCAAAUCAAAUGAAUGUUGUAGACCAAAGGUAAAUCUCUAGACCCCAAUAUUAGACCAUGAAAUUUACUCAUUCACAAGCAAGACUAACCGUAAAAAAACCCGACGUAAAUGUCCCCGGACCGAGAGCCCUUGAACCGUGAACGAGCUCCCGUAACGUAACGGAGAUGGUAGAGGGCGAUCGAAGGCAAAAGCAAACUUAUCGUCUUUUAUAUGUGUCUCUGUGUACCUUUUAGCCGUGUUUGUGUGUCUAGUUGCAGCUUCCUUUUUCCACAUGAUGCAGGAACAUAUAGCGUUAUACAACAUAUAUACAUAUAUAUAUACAUAUAUA